AUGGGGUUGGAGGACUUCCCCCCUGGGACAGAAAAGCAACCACCUUCCUCGUUAUACAGCGAACCACUUCCAACAGUCAUCAUACCAUGCUCAGACCAUGACAGUUCAACUGGAGACGGCCAUACUAGCGAAGAAAUCUAUGAACUGGCGCGCAAACUGACCACCCGAUCUCGCAGUACCCCCGGAGUUCUCUUCCCAGUCCCAGCUGACGGCCCCCUCAACCCGAAUAGCCCCGACUUUGAUGCUAGGAAAUGGACGAAGGCGUUUUUCGAAGCUCGAAAGGAUGCUCUUAAUAACAACUCACCAAAAACGACUGGCGUAGCGUUCAAAAAUCUCGACGUCUAUGGAUAUGGUACCGAAAUGGACUUUCAAAAGACUGUUGGAAACAUCUUUCUCCAAGCUGAGACCAUUGCCGGGAAGCUAUUUCGAACAAAUCGAAACCGCGUUGAUAUACUGCGCGGCUUGGAAGGUGUUGUACACAGUGGUGAAAUGGUAGCCGUCCUCGGUCCUCCUGGCUCCGGGUGUUCAACCUUCUUGAAGACCAUCGCCGGUGAUACGCACGGUUUCUACGUGGCAGACGAGGCGACCAUCAACUAUCAAGGCAUUAACCCCAAGCAGAUGCAAUCUGCCUUCCGAGGAGAGGCCAUAUACACCGCCGAGGUUGACCACCACUUCCCGCAAAUGACGGUUGGCGACACUCUCUACUUUGCGGCCAGAGCACGGUGUCCCAAGAACAUUCCCGACGGUAUUUCUCGACGUGCAUAUGCGGAGCACCUCCGUGAUGUUAUUAUGGCAAUGUUUGGAAUAUCCCACACCAAGAAGACUCGUGUAGGUGACGACUUCGUUCGAGGUGUGAGUGGCGGAGAGAGGAAGAGAGUCACAAUCGCUGAAGCUAGCUUGAGCUAUGCGCCGCUUCAAUGCUGGGAUAACAGUACUCGUGGACUCGACAGCGCAAAUGCAGUGGAAUUUUGCCGCACUCUUCGGACACAGGCGGACUACAUGGGAUGUACCUCAUUUGUUGCCAUUUACCAAGCACCUCAAGACGCGUAUGAUGUUUUCGACAAAGUUAUACUUCUCUACCAAGGCCGGCAAAUCUUCUUUGGAAAAGCUGGCGAGGCGAAAGCGUACUUCGAAAACCUUGGCUUUGUCUGUCCCGAGCAGCAGACGACGGCAGAUUUUUUGACCUCAAUGACAAGCCCUCAGGAGCGCAUAAUCCGACCUGGCUGUGAGAACAGCGCUCCUCGAUCGCCGGACGAAUUUGCCGCGGCGUGGAGGGAGAGUCGACACCGGAAAAGACUCAUGAAGGAAGUGGAAGGCUACUUGCAGGCCCAUCCGUUCCAUGGGGAGGACUAUGAUAAGUUCCUUGAAUCGAGACGCAAGGAUCAAUCUAGGUUUCUGCGCAGCCGGUCACCGUUCACCCUGUCCUAUAUGGAGCAGCUGUGCCUCAACAUGUGGCGAGGCUACGUGUUGCUCAAGACAGAUCCGAGUCUCACGAUUACUAUGCUGGUUACUAACUCCUCCGAAGCUCUCAUCAUCAGCAGCAUUUUCUAUAACUUGCAACCGACCACGGAUACUUUUGACAAGCGAGGUCUUCUCAUCUUCUUCAUUAUCUUGAUGAACGCUUUUGGCAGCAUACUCGAGAUCAUGACGCUAUAUGCGAAACGGAAAAUCGUCGAGAAACAUAGCCGGUACGCCUUCUAUCACCCGAGUGCCGAAGCAUUUGCAUCUAUGAUCGUGGACCUACCAUACAAAAUCGUCAACGCUAUCUUGAUCAAUACGGUGCUGUACUUCAUGACAAAUCUCCGUCGCGAAGCGGGUGCCUAUUUUUUCUUUUUGUUAAUCAGCUUUACCACAACGCUAGUCAUGUCGAUGAUGUUCCGCUUGAUUGGGUCUACGACCAAGUCAAUCGCCCAAGCCCUGGCUCCCUCGUCGAUCAUCCUCCUUGGCCUUGUGCUGUACACCGGAUACGCCAUUCCGCCAUCGUAUAUGCGCGAUUGGAUUGGCUGGGCUCGAUGGGAAAACCCAAUCUAUUACACCCUCGAGGCCGCCUUGAUCAACGAGUUUAACGGACGCGACUUUACCUGCUCAACGUUUGUGCCACAAGGACCUGGGUACGAAUCCGUGGGGUCAAGCGCACGAGCAUGUUCGCAGCAAGGUGCAGUCCCUGGACAAGACGUCGUGAGCGGUACGACAUACCUGGAUGUUGCAUAUGGCUAUAAGCCUUCCCACCGGUGGCGUAACUUUGGUAUACUAAUCGCCUUUAUGUUUGGAUAUAUGGCACUUCACUUAGUGGCUACCGAGUUUGUCGCUUCCGAGCGGUCUAAGGGAGAAGUCCUCUUGUUCAGCCGGAAGGUAGUCAGCAAACAUAAACGCCAGCAACGACGUGAUGUUGAGAAGACUGAAACGAUUGCUCCUUUCAGGGAAGAGGCUGUGUGCAAAGAUGAAGAAGUGGCGGAUGUCGAUAAGCAGACGUCGACGUUUCACUGGCGGAAUCUGUGUUACGAUAUUAAGAUCAAGGGUGAACCUCGCCGGAUCCUGGAUCAUGUUGACGGUUGGACCAAGCCUGGUACUCUCACAGCUCUAAUGGGGGCAUCUGGUGCCGGCAAGACUACGUUGCUUGAUGUACUCGCUAGUCGAGUCACCAUGGGAGUUGUCUCUGGUGAAAUGCUUGUUGAUGGCCAACCUCGUGAUGAGUCGUUUCAGCGAAAGACUGGUUACGUUCAACAGCAAGAUUUGCAUCUUCACACCGCAACCGUUCGUGAAGCUCUCAAUUUCAGUGCCCUCCUUCGACAGCCUCCACGAUACUCCCGGCAAGAGAAGCUUGAAUAUGUCGACACGGUGAUCAGUCUUCUUAAUAUGGAGGAAUACUCCGACGCUUUCAUUGGUGUACCUGGCGAAGGUCUCAAUGUCGAGCAACGCAAGCGACUGACCAUCGGGGUUGAACUCGCCGCUCGACCUGAACUCCUUCUCUUCCUUGACGAACCGACUUCCGGACUUGAUAGUCAGACGUCGUGGUCGAUUUGUGACUUGAUGGAGAAGCUUACGCGAAAUGGGCAAGCUAUCCUCUGUACCAUUCACCAGCCAUCCGCGAUGCUUUUCCAGAGAUUCGAUCGGCUAUUACUGCUUUCCAAGGGUAGAACGAUUUAUUUCGGUGACGUUGGAAAGAAUUCACAGGUGCUGGUCGACUAUUUCACCCGCAACGGAGCACAUUCGAGGCCUCCGGGGGCAAAUCCGGCCGAGUACAUGCUUGAGGUUAUCGGUGCCGCGCCUGGCGCCCACACGGAGAUUGACUGGCCAGAAGUCUGGAGAAACAGUCCCGAGUACAAUAAGGUACAAGCUGAACUGGAUAGAUUUAUGGAAUAUUCCAGUUCGGAUAAAAUGCAGAAUAAUGACGACCUCUCUGCCUACCAAGAAUUUGCGGCACCGCCGAACGACCAGUUUCUCGAGGUGACAAAGCGAGUUUUCCAGCAGUACUGGCGGAUGCCGUCUUACAUUUACUCGAAGGCCUUUCUGGGAAUUGGAUCGACCCUCUUCAUAGGGCUGUCUUUCCUAAAUGCAGAGAACACACAACGCGGUCUUCGAAACCAAAUGCUUGGUAUCUUCAUUUUCCUGGCAACUUUCCCUCAGCUGGUGAAUCAAAUUCUUCCUGUGUUUGUUUCUCAACGGACCAUGUACGAAGCACGCGAGCGUCCAUCCAAAGCAUACUCAUGGAAGGCGUUUAUGAUCGCGAAUAUUCUGGUAGAGCUUGUUUGGAAUUCGCUUGUGGGAGUUUUCUGUUUCGUCACCUGCUAUUUCCCCAUGGGCCUCUAUCGCAACGCAGAGUGGACGGAUCAAGCCCAUUCCCGGGGUAUUACUAUGUUCCUGCAUGUCUGGAUGUUCUUCCUGCUCACAAGCACCUUUGCAAACAUGGUCAUCGCUGCCAUCGAAAGUGCCGAUGUGGCUGGUGGUAUCGUGAAUUUGCUGAUGAUUCUCAUGUUCGCAUUUUGCGGCAUCCUUGCUGGCCCGACAGAGCUCCCGGGUUUCUGGAUUUUCAUGUACCGCGUCAACCCAUUCACCUACGUCGUUGAAGGCUUCCUCGGUACAUCGCUUGCAAAUGCACCUGUCCAAUGCAGCGCAGAUGAAUUUAUUACAUUUAACGCUCCGGAUUCCACGACUUGCGGCAGUUAUCUAUCUGACUACUUAUCCCAGGCGGGUGGUUACCUUGAGGACCCGAGUAGCACAGAGUGUCGGUACUGUUCUAUCACCGAUACGAAUGGGUUCUUGUCGUCAAUUAAUGUGAGCUUUGGCAAUCGGUGGCGGGACUUUGGGUUUAUGUGGGCUUACUGUGUGUUUAAUAUUGCUGUUGCUGUGUUGUUGUAUUGGUUGAUGCGCGUGCCCAAGAGGAAAUCUGCUUAG